GCUCCCUGCAAACUGGAAAGUCCCUGACAGCAUAGAGAGGGUUUACUCAGAGAAAAAAGAAAGGAAACUUCGCUUCGCUUUGUCAUUUUCAAUGAAAUGUUUUAAUAUUUUUGCCUGCCCAUUGCGUUAGCAGACAUUAACGCCUGGUUGGUUGUUUGAGGCGGGUCUUUGCUUUGCUCUCCUCCGACUACGAGCUCGGUGUUAGCAUGCUAGCUCUUUGUGUGGCUAGCUGCUAGCCGAGGGAUGUUUUGUUGUUGUUGAACUGAGCAGCCCUCCCGUCGUCUGGGAGAGGAGACUCAUCAGCUGUGUAUGGAAAAACGCCCUCUCGACGCAUUUACAGCCUCUGGCAUAGUCUGUGAAAGUGACUACCGACGCCGACAAAAGGGGGAGUUUGAUUGAAGAAAAGGGAGAUGGGAAACUGCCUAAAAUCUCCCACCUCCGAUGAUAUAUCCCUGCUACAUGAAUCCCAGUCGGAUCGGGCCAGCUACGGAGACGGUACUGACCCCGACCAGGAGCCACCGCCUCCCUAUCAGGAGCAGAUCCACGUGCCUGUCUACCAUCCAACACCCAGCCAAGCUCGCCUGGCCACUCAGCUGACGGAAGAGGAGCAAGUUCGCAUUGCACAACGCAUUGGACUCAUCCAGCACCUCCCGAAGGGUGUGUAUGACCCGGGACGGGAUGGCUCCGAGAAGAAGAUCAGAGAGUGCGUCAUCUGUAUGAUGGACUUUAUAUAUGGCGACCCCAUCCGGUUCCUGCCCUGCAUGCACAUCUACCACAUGGACUGUAUAGACGACUGGCUGAUGAGAUCCUUCACCUGCCCGUCCUGCAUGGAGCCUGUGGACGCCGCACUACUCUCCUCCUAUGAGACCAACUGAUUAAAACACCCCCAGCCCAGACUGGACACACGCACGCACGCACGCAUACACCCAAAUACGUACACAAUUGAUAAUACACACACUUUCCAUCUUGCUCACUUAUAUCCUGGAUUAGUAAGUUGGUGAUAUCAGUGAUCAUGUAAAAGUUCUAGGAUGAAGUGUGUCGUAUUCCUUUGUUGGCCUGCUGGACAGGAUUGCAUCUGGGAAUGGACUGGUGGGUUGAAGGGGGUUUCUGGUCGGGACGAGCACGAGUACGCCGGACCGUGGAAAGGACUGAAAAAUCAGACGGAACAGCGUGAACUUGAACUCGACCGAGGAUAUACAAGUUAAAUUAUAUGGCUUAGAAAUGUUUCAAAGAGUUGCUUCUAAAUAUUCGAUAUGCUCACACUAGUGUAAACACUUCUUUUAUUUUUCUUUUUCUCCUAUUUUGAAACAAGCCUGUGACAGAACACUGGAGAAAGGACACAUGACCGCUGUCCCCAGGCUGCAGAUAGUGUUUGUUGGACUGCCGAUGCCGGAUUACUUAUAACAAAGAAGAAAGAAAUGUCUUUCGGAAGAGCUUCCAGAUGCCUGCUGCUCAGACAUAUCUGCUGUAAGAAUCACUACAUUUGCAGAUAUGUGUCUCAAAAUCUGCUGGGGAUGAACAUCAGAUAUGGAGCAGACUUGAGAUUUAUUCUGCAGGCAUCUUGUUUUCGGCACUCAGGCCUCAAGUUCUCUCUUUGUACAGAUAAUUCCUGAGAAGAAUGGGAUUGGUCAGUGGAUGAAUUGUCUUGUGGCUUUGUGAAACCUGUUUCUUGGUUUGUUUUGCAGUUAGCAUAAGGGCUCUGUUGAAUCAGCGUUUACCAACAACACAGAUGUGACAAACGAAAAUGUCGUUGCCCCCUUUCCACCAAGGCAGUCUUGACACUUGUUUCACAGCCUUUGUUUUUAUUGAAAUUAGCCAAACAGCAAUUCUGGACUUGGAGAACUGGUCCCUGAGUGGCACCAACAUGUGGCUGUCUCACAUCAAGAUCUGCUAAUGUUACCAUCUGAGCCAGCCUCUGCGGUCGAUUCACUUUGCUCUCAGUUCCCUCUGAAAAGUGCACAAACCAGUGCAUUAUCGAGCAAACUGUGAAGCAAGCACUCAAACCUGCAAUUACCGGUACAGUGGUUUGUUGCUCUGAGAGGAAGGUGAGCUUUUCUGUCAAACCACAGGUGUUUCAGUUUUAAUGAACAAGACAUCAGAUGUAGGGCUGUCAAAGAAAACCUCUCUUUACUCACAAGGAAAUAUGCAGAAUUUCUCCUUUCUUCUGCUUUCCAGGAAAAGCUCCUUGCUGGUUUGCCAGUGCAAAACUUACAACAGCAGGCUGUUGUUUUUGGAAAAACCAACUGUCUCCUGGGGCUAUGUCUUUUGGAAAGCAAAGAUGCAUAUGUGUGUGUGUGUACACACACACACACACACACAUAUAUAUAUAUAUAAGAUGUGAUGAGUGAGGUUCACAUGUUGAACCACCUGUGAACAGAAACCAGUAAGAGGAUCGUUUCUGUUGGUGGAAGGGGGGUGAGUGUGUGUUUUAGUCACUAAUUUGACUUAUAAGGAUUUUAUCAUCUUGUGAGAUCUUGUAUUAUUGGCCAAAGCACAGGUAGACCAGUGAUUGAAACUUGCACUUCUUUAGCAGACUUCUGACAAAAAGAAUAUAUACAUUCAUUAGUAUUAUCAAUGUGAAAAAAAUCUGUUUUACUUUGUGAAAAUCCUCAUGACCAUCAUUGAUUUGUUAUGAAGGCUACCAUCUCUAUGGACCAGGAGAGAGGGGGCAUAAUUUAUUACAGAUGACAUUAACCAAACUACUGAUUUACUUUGAUGGUUUGUUGCUCUGUUAAUUUCUAAAGAAAAUCAAAAGCAUUCAGGUCAACCAAAUUUAAAUUAUACAUCAUAUUGAGCUUAUUUCAUGUGUUUGCAUUUAUGAAAUGUCUUCAUCCACAGCUAGAUGUAAAGUAAAUAUUCAAAUUGGCCUGGUGUUGUCAGAGACGUCAGUUAUACAAUUUUGAUUUUGUUUUCAAUUUGGAUGUUUUAUAUUUUUGUCAACUUUCAUUUCUCGAUUUAGGUUGCAUCAAGUUAAGGCCUCAAUGCAAGUGAUCUCUCCAGAUUUUGAAAUGUCUGUUGCCCAAGACACACAGUUCAUUGUAAAAGCACAAAUAAAUACAAUUGCUCAGUUUUUUGUAUUUUUCCCUCUCCUUGCCAGUGUUUGGCUUCUA